UCAGGAGAUGCAAUUGUUGAAGUCCAAAUAAGAAAGGCGAGACAGGAAGGAUGGUAACCUGGUCUGAGCUUAUCCGGACGUCGCAUCAUUCGCUCUUUGGCCUCCUGCUCCAAACAACUGUGCCUCCGGAUUAUCUUUAAUGGAAAACAAAUCGCCCGACUCUAGAAAAUUGAACACGUAUUCCCUAAAGCCGGGUUCCAUGAUCACACAAAGUUGGGGCGGCAGACGCCUCAAUUGAAUUUCUCUACAACCCGUCCAUUGUUGCCACUUCGAGCCAAGCCGAAACUUCUCUUCUUCUCAACAGCUCGUCACCCACCCUUUGCAUUCGACAAAGGAUACCACAUCAAUUGGACUCGCCAACUCCAGUAGCAACUUAACUCUAACAUACGCAGAACUGCCACCACUUAUAUGCCCAAUCCCGGCGCCACAUCGGAUCACAAACACGCAGGACAGGCCGAUAGCAUCGCACCCGACAUAUCGGGCGCAGAUACUAAUGGCCGCCCGACCAGAACGAAUGGACAGCAUAUCCGCCUCCCCGAGCAAUUGAACCGGCCGCGUCUAGAGCAGGUUAGUUCCACUCAUCGCAGUCUGAGCGAAGCUUUGAGAGCUGUGAGAAACAGGGAAGAGCAGGAAACAUUGCUGGAGGAUUAUGAGGGGCCAGAUCCGGAGGACGGAGGUGAGAUCGGGCCCGGGGAGGUUUUCUUUCAGGAUCCGUAUGAGCAUUUGCAGGUCUAUUAUACCAUUCAUCGAAUCCGGAGGAUUGUGCGAGCUAACAUCGAAGACCCCUACACAAUGGACCAGCUGCGGGAACCACGACUCAACGUCCUUGUUGUGAAGCCUCUAGUGGACCGGCUAUAUAACGAGGACGAUGUCUCGGUCGUGUAUUGCCUCCUCGUCAACCGUUUCCAGUUUUUGCGCGAGCAGCACUUCCAACACCAUCAAACAGUAAACCUUACUCGAGCAAAUCUCUGCGAACUGGUGGCCAUGAAGAUGCUACGCCGAUAUGAUGAGGAGAGCUCCGGGCGGCUAGGUCUCUUGCUGCUCGCCAAUAUCUUGGUUGCCCCCUUUCAGCCUUUCCAGAAUGCCCCUACUCAAGUCUGCCCGGAGCGCCGCACUUCUCGCUACCAAAUGCAGGGCGGUUAUGAGGGCAAGCUGACCGCUCUGGAAGUUGCCAUCAUCUCGGAGAGUAAAGUCUUCCUUAGUAGUUCGGCUUGCGUGAGGGUUAUUGACGCGGUAUAUCAAGGGAGAAUAAUCUACACGCCCACCGCCUUCAUGGACAUUAUCCCAGACCAUUACAAGCACAAAGCGAUUUCACUCUACGACCCCCGCAAGGCGCCAUUGCUGAACCAGUACCGGCUUUGUGUGCCUCGUAUACGUAGUAUCAUCGAAGUGGUUCAGUUCAUCGUACUUCUUGUACUGUACUCCUUCUGUAUGAUGAACCGCUCUGGAGCAUCAUUCGAUAUUUCAGAGUGUCUGUUCCUUAUUUACGGCUCAGGCUGGGUUCUGGACGAGUGUGCGGCAAUGCUGGGCCAUGGUUGGGCUGUGCAUACUCAAAACCUGUGGUCAUUCCUUGACAUCACCUUCGUGGGUAUAUACCUGGCAUAUCUGGCUUUGAGGAUCCGCGGCUGGGUCACGGGGGACCCCGAACUAGGCCGACAAGCUCUCGACGUACUCGCAAUCGCGGCACCCGUCCUCUUUCCCCGGCUGGCCUUCAAUCUGAUGCCAGAGAAUAUGCUCUUCAUCUCCCUACGAGCUAUGAUGAAGGAAUUCACUGCCCUGAGCCUCAUCGCAGUAUGGUGCUUUGGCGGUUUCCUCGUCUCGCUGAAGUGGCUCUCGAUGGGCAACACCGACACCGACCUGUGGGACCCGCCCACCCCUAUCAGUAUCUCCAAAUGGAUGCUGUGGAUCUGGUUCGGCCUCGAUGGCACCGGCAUCGACGAAGCGCCCAAAUUCCACCAGAUCCUAGGCCCCAGUCUGAUGAUCGUAUACGCAUUCCUCGGCAACACGCUCUUCCUCACAGUCCUCGUUUCCAUCCUCUCCAACACGUUUUCCAAAAUCGCCGCAGAUGCAAUGGCAGAGAUCCAGUUCCGCCGUGCGGUCCUCACUUUCGAAGGCGUCAAGUCCGAUGCCCUCUUUUCCUACAGGCCGCCUCUCAAUGUCCUCGCCGUCUUGCUUCUACCCCCCCUCAAAUUCAUCCUCGAUCCUCGCUGGUUCCACAAACUCAACGUGAUGCUCGUGCGUAUCCACAACGCCCCACUCCUUCUCCUCGUCUCAUGGUACGAGCGGCGUUACCUGUGGAAGUCGAAGCGCAACAAUGCGCAAGCGCAAUGUCCAGCAGAGCGGUCAAAGUGGAAUUUUUGGCGUUGGAGUGGCUUCUCCGUGCAUGCGGAUUUGCAAGCGGUGUUUGACGAGGAGCCACCGCCCGAGGUGGCGAGUAAAAUUGAGGAAGAGGAUGACUUGGAGGAUGCAGUUUUGGAGAACAGCUUUGCGGGUGCGGCACUGCGGAGUAUCAGUCCGGGGAGGACAAUGAGGCGAAGGAGGUUGAGUAGCGUUUGGCAGGGGUGAGGUAUAUGCGCACCGGAGAUAUUUCAGCUGUUCCGUACUUGUACUGUAGAAAAGUCAUUGUGCUGACUUUAGACUUUCGGAGGACUCCGUCCCUGUACAGCAUUUAGACACAGAAAAAAAAGCGGUGCCGUGGACUUAGCAAUGGGUAUUUCAUUCUGUACAAUAUUCCAAGCAGGUUGAAACUGCCCUAUCACUCACUAGAAGGUAUUGACAAAGUUCGGGUUUCCACG